AUGUAUAUAGUAGUUGAUUUCCAAAACGAUAAUUCUGUGGAGGCAGUACCUAACACUUGGUAUAGUAAUGGAUCUUGUGUGUGGUCCAAAAAAGGUCAAAAUAUUAAUAAACUUAUUGAACAAAAUAUAAAACCUGAAGAGUUUCGACAUGAAAUACUAAAAGCUAAGAAAAUGGGUGAAAAAACAUAUUCUCUAAGCGAAGCUAAAUUAAAAGCAAAUAAAGCAACAAUUACAUCGGAGUUAUCAUCGGUUGAUGAAGACGUUUAUUAUAAAGAGCAAAAUUCUGAUGAAAAUGAAAAUGAUAAUAUGUUGCCAGUCAUAUCUUCAAAAAAAAAUAAUAUGUUACAAACUAAUACCAAUAAAAAAUCUAUGAUGCCGUCUACCUCUCAUGAAUUUAGUGUCGAAAAAUCUCCUCGUAAAUGGUUGGUUAGGAAAAUCUCCAGUACAGACGAUAUGGAAGAAAAUUAUAGAAGUCCUAUUCAAAAGGCAUGGAUCAUAACUCCGUCUUCAAUCAAAGAACUAGUACUAGAUGAAGAAUUGAAAACUGUAUCUUGUAAAAAAAAGUUAAAUUUUCAUUCAGAACCAAAAGAAUUCGAUUUAGAGUCAACCGAUAAGAUGAACAAAAUAUACCAAAUUGUACUAUCUUUAAAAUAUGAUAUAAAAGAACUCCUAUCAAAGGUUGAUGGGUUGGAAAAUCAAGGCAAAUAUGAUGAAUUUGAAUUGGGCAACCAAUCAUCUGAUGAUGCAGUUUCAUGGAAUUUCCCUAUCACUACUGUAAAGAAUCUUAGUAUGUUGGUCCGCAGUUCUUUGUCUGAAACAGUGCGCCAUAUUUUAUCAAGAAUGUUCGUUAAUAGUGUCUUAUCGCAAUAUUCAUUUGUUGGCCAAAAAAAGAAAUUGGCAUUUUCUUCCUUAAAUGCCUGUUCAGUUAUAUUUGAUGCAAUAAGAAACAUCAAGCAAUUUAAAGAUGUCCCAUCUUUAAAUAUAGAAAAACCACUCAAAGAUUAUUUAGCAGGAGCUAAGUUCAGGGAUUUAAAAAGAAAAAAUAAAGAAGAUAACAAUGCUAUUUUGAUUUAA